CAAAGCCACUCACGCACAAAGUGCUUCUGUGCCGGUUGGCUACAAAGGGCAAACGGCUCUCAUUCUCCCUCCAAAACUUUUUUCACUCCUUUCUCUCUCCAAAAGGUGGAUUUUGAAUCAGUUUCUUUCAAUUUUUCUGGUCUCAUUUCUUUUUCAGUAUACUAGCAAUUGUUAGGGAUUAUUCUGUUUGAUUCGGAAAAUCAGUCAUUGAAGAUGGAGGAGUACUUGCAUCACAUGAAGACUCUUCGCUCUCAAAUGAACGAAGUGGAAGAUCAAGCAGCGCAGAUUUCAGUUGAAGAGCAGACUCACAUCACUACCAUUCAAUCCUUUGAGAAAGACCUCGCUUCUGCAAAGUCUGAAACAAAGCGACUCAAAGAAGACACUGAGCAGAUGAUGAAGGCAAAGGGGGAGAUAUGCUCACAGAUAUUGGAAAAACAGAGGAAGAUUGCCUCUUUGGACUCUGAUUCAUACACUCUCGCUCAGACAUUGGAGCUUAUUCAACGGGAAAGAGUCAGUUUGUCUGCCAGACUUGUAGAAAAAAGUGCUUACUAUUCAAAGGUUGCAGAUGAUAUGAAUUCCAAAUUACAACAACAACAGGAUUGGGUCCACACUCACAGAAUUAGUGGAGAAAUGGGAGAGCAUGGAUCGGUGAAGGAAGAAUUUGACAAGCAAACGGCAAAAACUAAAGGGAAGUGUGCUAUUGAUAAUCACUUGAUCAUGGAUAAUCUGGGGAAUGAUGCAGAAAAGAACCUAAUUGCCAAGCUGGGCUCUGCCAAAUCCAAGCUUGUUGAAAUUGCACAAAUGAAAUCCAAACUUGUUACAGAGAACAACAAGACAGAGUUCUUGGAAAUGGACAUUAAGACCUUGGAAGAAGAAUACAAAGCUCUUUUAUCAGAUAGAGCUGGAGAAAUCGAGUAUUUACAAUCUCUGCAAAAGCAAAUUAAGCAACUUAAGGAUAUUUCACAUAUGGUUAAAUGUGCAUGUGGAGUGGAAUACAAGGUGGCAAUGGAGCUUUGUGCAUGAUGUGAUCAAGGACAUGAACCAUGGAUAAGCAGGAAGGCUAAGGAUACCGGUCAUGGACUGGCUCUUGUGCUGGUAACAGUGCGCACUUUAACAAGAACCUAGUACUGUAAAACUGAUAGUCUGUCUGUAAAAAUGCACUAAUGUGGAUGUAGCUGGUAGUACAUAGCGAGCUAGAGUAAUCUCACUGGUAUCUUUUUUGAACAAGAGGAUAUCAUCUGAUGCUGUAGAUAUUACUGGUUAAGAGAAUGCUUGUGCAAAAGUGCUUAUCAAAUGUAGAUAUGAGAACACAUACAUUUUCCUUUAAAUAGCAUAUGAAUCCUCUUUAUAUGA